UCCCGGGAACAAAGCAAGAAAAAUCAGAGUAAUUUGGGAAGUAAACAGAAACCGGGAGGAGGGAGGAGGUAGAGAAGAGUGGGGAGGACCCAGGUGGAGGGGGGGCCUCUCCAGUCCCACCCAGUUUAGGGAAUGCCCCUGCCUUCUCCACCGCCCCCCCCCCCUUCACCUGGCUCUUAAAGGGCCCGGCCCCUGCCGGCGGCUACUUAAGGCAGAGGGGCGGCGACGGGCAGCAGCUGCGCUACGACUGCUCUGGGAGGAGUGGACGGGGCAAAAAUCUUGACCAUGACCCCCCACAGGCUGUUGCCGCCACUGCUGCUAACUCUGCUGCUCGCUGCCCGCCCAGGAGGCGCCUUGGCAAGGUGCCCAGGCUGCGGGCAGGGGGUGCAGGCGGGUUGUCCAGGGGGCUGCGUGGAGGAGGAGGAUGGAGGGCCGCCGGCGGAGGGCUGUUCGGAAGCUGGGGGCUGUCUCAGGAGGGAGGGGCAGCAGUGCGGGGUCUACACUCCAAACUGCGCCCCAGGACUGCAGUGCCAGCCGCCGGAGAAAGACGAGGCGCCUUUGCGGGCGCUGCUGCUGGGCCGGGGCCGCUGCGGCCGGGCGCGCGCGCCCUCGGGGGAGAAUCCUAAGGAGAGUAAGCCCCAAGCAGGGACAACUCGCCAGCAGGACAUGAACCGCAGAGACCAACAGAGGAAUCCGGGGACCUCUACCACUUCCGCCCGGCCCAAUCCUGGGGGCGUCCAAGACACUGAGAUGGGCCCCUGCCGCAGACAUCUGGACUCAGUGCUGCAGCAACUCCAGACCGAGAUCUACCGCGGGGCUCACACCCUCUACGUGCCUAAUUGUGACCAUCGGGGCUUCUACCGGAAGCGGCAGUGCCGGUCCUCCCAGGGGCAGCGCCGAGGUCCCUGCUGGUGUGUGGAUCGCAUGGGCCAGCCCCUGCCCGGGUCCCCAGAUGGCGAUGGAAGCUCCCCUUGCCCCACCGGGAGCAGUGGCUAAGGCUGGGUGGGAGGCUGCAUGGCCACUGGCAGGAGCGUGGGGCUGUCAUCUUGGGUUAUUUGUUGAGUGCUGAGUAACUCAGGGGCCCAGAGCCCCACACUCCACCUGCAGGCCCUGCCCCAUUGUCAACCUCACACAUGGAAAGAUUGUUGGUGUUGGCUUGGGGUGUUAAUAAAGCUGUGUUGGGGGUCUCUGGCCUAC